AUGAUUGAGGAAGUCUUGAAGAAGACCUCGGAGAUGUUCCCGCUGCCCACCGCGACGGCCUCGUCGCUGCCUUCGGUUGCUCCCAUCCCAACCGUCGCCCCCGGACCUGAGCCCACCUACGAGGUUGCCGGCGAUGCUGGAAUGAAGACCCUCUGGGUCGUCUUUGUUCUCAUGCUGAUCGCCUCUGCCGGUUUCACCGUCAUGUCCUGGAAGGUGCCUUUGAACAAGCGCCUCUACCAUGUCAUCACCACCAUCAUCACCCUCACCGCUGCCCUCUCUUACUUCGCCAUGGCCUCCGGCGCUGGUGUCUCCCUCAAGAAGGAGGUCGAGCGCGAGCAGCACGACCACGUCCCCGACACCUACAACGUCGUCUACCGCCAGGUCUACUGGGCCCGUUACGUCGACUGGACCAUCACCACCCCUCUCCUGCUCCUCGACCUCGGUCUCCUUGCUGGCAUGUCCGGUGGACACAUGAUCAUGAUGGUUGUUGCCGACAUCAUCAUGGUUCUCACUGGUCUCUUCGCUGCCUUCGGUACUGAGGACACUGCUCAGAAGUGGGGCUGGUACACCAUCUCGUGCAUUGCCUUCCUCUUCGUCUUCUGGCACCUUGGUCUUAACGGUGGUGCCAACGCCCGCGCCAAGGGUGACAAGCUCCGCGGUUUCUUCAUCUCCAUCGCUGCCUACACCGCCGUCCUCUGGACUGCCUACCCCAUUGUUUGGGGUAUUGCCGAUGGUGCUCGCAAGGCCAGCGUCGACACUGAGAUCAUUGCCUACGCUGUCCUCGAUGUCCUCGCCAAGGCUGUCUUCGGUGCCUGGCUCUUGGUUGCCCACGCCAACAUGCGCGAGAGCGAUGUUGAGCUUAACGGCUUCUGGGCCAACGGUCUCAGCCGCGAGGGUGCCAUCCGCAUUGGUGAGGAUGACGGUGCUUAA